CGCGAAGCCGUGAUCGUAAGAAGCGUAAGCGCAGUUCUAGCCGCGACAGGAAACGUAGUUCGAGUCGUGAUCGUCGUCGACGCCGUAGCCGGUCGAAGUCUCGAGAUCGUAAGCGGAGCCGAAGCAGGGACCGCAGGAGGAGCGAAAGAAGCAGAUCGCGUGAAAGGAGACGUUCGAGGUAUUCAAUCGCGUUCGCGUGAUCGUCGCCGUUCAUCUCGAGAUCGUCGUCGUGACCGUGAUCGUCGAUCCCGAUCUCGUCCUCGCGUCAUUGAUCAUCGUGAUAGACGUUCUCCAAUCAGAAGAUCACCGCCGCCAAGGAAUCGCCUUCCUGGCCCAGAACGGCGUGAUGUAAUGCCAUUCACAGCCCGCAAUUCGCCACCGCGAGGUGCUAAAUUAGACAUGAGCGCAGAGGAAAGAGAUCAAAGAACUCUAUUUAUUUUACAGAUAGCAAGGCAAACUCGCCCUCGUGAUCUUGAGGAGUUCUUCAGUGCUGUGGGUAGCGUGCGCGAUGUGCGAAUUAUUACCGAUUCACGUACAGGAAGGUCGAAGGGAAUUGCCUAUGUCGAGUUUUGGGAAGAGGAAAGUGUCCCUCUUGGAUUAGCUCUCAGUGGGCAGAAACUUUUGGGAGCUCCCCUCGUGAUUCAACGCACAUGUGCUGAGCGUAAUAGGGCGGCUAAUGCAACGAUUGGCACAUCACUUGGAUUUGGUCCAGCACCUUCAAAGGGACCUUGCAAGCUACAUGUACAGCAGUUGCAUCCGAACAUCACAGAAUCUAUGCUUGACGGCAUUUUCGAUGCAUUUGGACGAGUGGAAAAGAUUGAAAUUGUUAAAGAUCCUGCUGGAAAUAGUCUCGGUUACGGAUUUGUCACGUUCAAAUUAACUGAAGAUGGGCAAAAGGCAAUGGAGCAGUUGAAUGGAUUUGAAAUUGCCGGAAAACCAAUUAAAGUUUCCAUCGUAGACGACCCAUUUUUCAUUUUUUCACCUUUAUUUUAUUUCCCUUUAUUUUCUGAAUUCGAAUUGAAAAGUACCGUCUUCCAGGAUGAGGAAUCCAUACGACAACGAAGCCUGGAUGAUGUUGCUGAUGAAAAACAAGGUCUAGCUCUUGGUCAAGGAGGGCGUAUCCAGCUUAUGGCUAAAUUAGCAGAAGGCACCGGAAUUGAAUUGCCGCAGGCGGCACAGCAGGCUCUUCAACAGCAAGCUGUGGAUCCCACAAUUCCAGCAAUAGCUACGCAAUGCUUCAUGUUGUCUAACAUGUUCGACCCUCGAACGGAAACGCGUCCUACAUGGGCCGUGGAAGUGCGGGAUGAUGUCAUUGAGGAGUGCUAUAAGAACGGCGGCGCUCUCCAUGUCUACGUGGACACCGCUAGUCCGCAGGGUAAUGUGUACGUGAAGUGUCCAUCAGUGGCUAGUGCACAUAAAAGUGUUACCGCAUUGCAUGGACGAUGGUUCAGUGGGAAGGUCAUUACUGCGAAUUAUGUACCGGUAUCUUCUUAUCAUGAGUUAUUCCCUGACGCAGUCAUUGCGCGGAAUAUUCUCACUCCAAAGCCUCAGGAUGCUACAAUGGCGCCUGCAACUACUGUACGUUUCUUUAUGAAUGGGCACCCCUUCCAAUAA